AUGGGACGGAGGUACCUACUCUCGCUGUUGGUUUGUUUAUAUUUGGCUGAAGGUUCUGAAUUUUCAUCUGAUGAUAUCGUAUUAUCUGCUGAGCGAGUGAUUGAUAUAUCAACUCAGAUAGUGAAAAUUGCUGUCAAAUAUGAAGUACAGAAUAAUGGUGGAAAAGAAAUCAACAGCUUUAUACACCUAGUUCAUGAAAUAGAGUACUCUCGGCUUGCAUUUAUUUCUGCUACUGAUUCUGAUAAAAAUGCGAAAUUGAGAGUAACGAAAAUUGAGCUUUCGAAAUCCGAUUUAAAACAAGGAUUUGUAGCCUAUAAGGUAGAACUGCUGAAUAUUAUUCCAUCGAACAAUAAAGCUUUUGUUACUGUAGAAUAUCAACUUACAGAAUUUUUAGAACCUUAUCCAACACAUAUUACUCAAGCGGAAUCGCAAUUUGUUAUAUAUAAGGGAAAUGCGCACAUUCCAAGUAUUUAUCCAGUUAAAAAAGAAAAAACUAUAAUAAUUCUGGCGAAUGGAAAACUCGAAUCUCAUACCAUGGUAUCUCCUACAUCAGUUGAUGGCAACAGAAUCACAUAUGGUCCAUAUCUGGAUCAAAAACCUUUCACAACUGUUGAUUUUGUUGUUCAUUUUGAAAACAAUUCUCCUUUCGUCAUAGCAACAGAAAUCGUGAGAUUGAUUGAAGUUUCGCAUUGGGGGAAUAUUGCUAUUGAAGAAAUGAUCAGUGUCGUUCAUAAAGGAGCACAGCUUAAGGGUUCAUUCUCUCGACUUGAUUUCCAGAUGGAUCGAAGAGGUAAUAGAAGACCAGUGGUGACUCAAUAUAAAACUUUGUUACCAGCUUCAGCUAAAGACAUUUAUUAUCGUGAUGAAAUCGGGAAUAUUUCAACUUCAACUGUAAGAAAGAUGACAGAUGCUGUUGAAUUGAUCAUACAGCCUCGUUUUCCUUUAUUUGGAGGAUGGAAAACAGACUAUGUUCUCGGUUACAAUGUCCCAGCUUAUCAGUACCUUUAUUCAUCUGGAAAUAAAUUCACAUUAAAGAUGCGAAUCAUUGAUCACCUUUUUGAUGACGCCGUUAUUGAAAACAUGAAAUUAAAAAUUGUUUUACCAGAAGGGAGCAGAAAUAUCAAAUUGACAACGCCUUAUCCGAUGAAAAGGCACCCAGAUGAACUUCACUUUACGUAUUUGGACACUACUGGGCGUCCUGUCAUAACAGUAGAAAAAAAUAACCUCGUCGAUGCUCACAUACAAAUGUUUACCUUGCAUUACGAAUUUAAUCGAAUGCAGCUUUGGAGAGAACCAUUCUUAGCUUGUGCCGCUUUUGCCGUAUUGUUCUUCGUGGUUAUUGUUUAUGUUCGGUUGGAUUUCACUAUUUCACCGGAUGUUGCAACGGAAAGUCGUCUGCAAGCUCAAGGACAAGUAGAACAGCUAACGGAUCUUCAUGCUGAUCGAUUGAAAAUAUAUGAUUUGUUUUCGGAUGCCAUUCAUAAAUUUAAAAAUAAUAAGGAUAUCGCUAUGUUUACAACAGUAAGGAAGAAGGCAGAGAACGACCUAAAGAUUGUGGGACAAGCUAUCAAUGACUUACAGAAUGAAUUAAAAUCUACAAAUUCUGACAUUUCUGAUAAGGUCAGUAUUCAUUCCAUCUUCCUAGAAGUAAUGUCUAAUAAGAAUAAACUCAACGAAGUCAAUAAAACGCACAGAUUGGUUAUGGACAAUAUAAGUAUUUAUGUGGGACAAGCAGAACGCUUUGUGAAGGGACAACUUUCGAAAGUUGCUUUCGCUGAUGCUGAAAAAUCCUUUACACAGAAGCUCAAUGAAGCGAAAGAAAAAAUGGAUUCCGUGAUUUAUGCUCUAUAG